CCCGACAACAUGCACAAGGCAUCCAUUUUCGGCCACCGUACCAGAUGAAAUGCUUCUUCUGCCUACUCUAGACUUCAACAAUAAACACGAACAACAUCCAUAAGAGUAUCGAAUUCUUUCCUCCUUUCAGACAUCUUGAAACUCGCCAACCAUUCCCCUCAACGUGACUCUGACCAUGGGUCCCAAAAAACCACAUUCCACAACCAAACCCCCUUCAAAAUCCUCAACCCCGCCGACCCCACCAACGAAUUGGCCAAUAUUCAAGCCCCUCCUUCCAGUCUCCGACCUCUCUCUUCAAACCUUAGUCCCAUCACAGAUUAUCACCAUCCCAUAUUUCUGGACUUCGACUCUGUGCAAGAAUUACGUCAAUUUUUUGAAGACGUUGCCGUUGACGACGACGCCGGUGAAGCCGAAGAAAGGUGAUGCGCUGAGGUUCAAUGAUCGGUUUCAGGUUAUUGAUGAGAGGUUUGCGAAUAGACUUUGGGAAGAAAGUGGAUUGAGAGAACUUGUCUGUGGGAGUGGCGAUGAAAAUGAGGGUGAUGAAGAGAGAAUGUCCGACAACGAGAGGAGAGAGUUGUGGGGUGGCGAAGUGGUAGGCUUGAACCCUUCCAUCAGGGUAUAUCGAUAUAGCAAAGGGCAGUUCUUUGAUCAACACUAUGAUGAGUCCAAUGUCCUCACACUCAACACCAAACCUUCUCCUACUCCAGUAAGGACAACAUGGACCCUACUCCUGUAUCUUACAUCUCCAGCAACAGGAUGUCAAGGCGGUGAGACAGUCUUCUAUCCCGGUGAUCUUCAAAUCCCUGGAAGGAAGACUGUGGUUGAGAAGGAGAUCGUGGUAGGACUGGAGACCGGGAUGGUAUUGCUACAUAAGCAUGGGAAUGAUUGUAUGCUGCAUGAAGGAAGGGCAGUCACGGAUGGAGAAAAGUGGAUCAUCAGGACAGACUUAUGUGUGAAGAGAGAAAAGUCCAGGUUUGCAGAGUGAGUGACUACACAUUCAGUAGUUUGUACAUUGAUAUCUGACAAAUGGAAUACAAUUUCCUCCACUUCCUGAAUUGGGACAGGCAUCGACGAAAAAGAGUGAGAGUCCUCUUCGACAAAAAUUCUUCGUCGAAGCAAAGGGCAGUUGGUCUGAAUGCU